CCUUUCCUCCUUCUUCGCCCUCCCCGCUUCUUUCUACAUCUCAACGUUCCUGUCGCUGCGCUCGGACCUCGUUGCUCCAGCCUCUGGACGCGUCCCAUCCUUCCAGCCUGCGAAUUGCAGUAUAGGAAAAAACCCCAUCUCACUUUCUGCCCCGUACACACCUUUGAGAGAAGCAAAAAGAAUUAAAAUAAAUUUUAACAAUGAGGGAAAUCGUGCACAUCCAGGCCGGUCAGUGUGGUAACCAGAUCGGUGCCAAGUUCUGGGAGGUCAUCAGCGAUGAACACGGCAUCGAUCCCACCGGAACCUACCACGGUGACAGCGACCUGCAGCUGGAUCGCAUCUCCGUGUAUUACAACGAAGCUACAGGUGGCAAAUACGUACCUCGUGCUAUCUUGGUGGAUCUAGAACCUGGGACCAUGGACUCUGUUCGCUCUGGUCCUUUUGGGCAGAUAUUCAGACCAGACAACUUUGUUUUUGGGCAGUCUGGGGCUGGCAACAACUGGGCCAAGGGCCACUACACAGAGGGGGCUGAGCUAGUGGACUCAGUCCUGGAUGUGGUGCGGAAGGAAGCUGAGAGCUGUGACUGCCUGCAGGGCUUCCAGCUGACCCACUCACUGGGUGGGGGCACAGGCUCUGGCAUGGGCACGCUGCUCAUCAGCAAGAUCCGAGAAGAGUACCCUGACCGCAUCAUGAACACCUUCAGUGUGGUGCCCUCCCCCAAAGUGUCUGACACGGUGGUUGAGCCCUACAAUGCCACUCUCUCUGUCCAUCAGUUGGUAGAGAACACGGAUGAGACCUAUUGCAUUGACAAUGAGGCCCUGUACGACAUCUGCUUCCGCACCCUCAAGCUGACCACGCCAACCUAUGGGGACCUCAACCACCUUGUCUCAGCCACCAUGAGUGGUGUCACCACCUGCCUCCGCUUCCCUGGUCAGCUCAAUGCUGACCUCCGCAAGCUGGCAGUCAACAUGGUGCCCUUCCCACGUCUCCAUUUCUUCAUGCCUGGCUUUGCACCUCUAACCAGCCGUGGAAGCCAGCAGUAUCGGGCCCUCACUGUACCUGAACUCACCCAGCAGGUCUUUGAUGCCAAGAACAUGAUGGCUGCCUGUGACCCCCGCCAUGGCCGUUACCUCACUGUGGCUGCUGUCUUCCGUGGGCGGAUGUCCAUGAAGGAGGUAGAUGAGCAGAUGCUCAACGUGCAAAACAAGAAUAGUAGCUACUUUGUGGAAUGGAUCCCCAACAAUGUCAAGACCGCUGUCUGCGAUAUCCCGCCCCGUGGCCUCAAGAUGGCAGUCACCUUCAUUGGAAAUAGCACAGCCAUCCAGGAGCUUUUCAAGCGCAUCUCAGAGCAGUUCACAGCCAUGUUCCGGCGCAAAGCCUUCCUCCACUGGUACACAGGUGAAGGCAUGGACGAGAUGGAGUUCACCGAAGCUGAGAGCAACAUGAACGACCUUGUCUCUGAGUAUCAGCAGUACCAGGAUGCCACCGCAGAAGAAGAAGAGGAUUUCGGUGAGGAGGCUGAAGAGGAGGCUUAAGGCAGAGUACCAUCACCUUAGGCUUCUCCAUUCCCUCUUCCUCAGCUGCCCCUAUCCUCUCCCUCAGAAUUUGCAUUCUCUGCCUCUUAUUUUUUUUUCCCUUUUUUUUGGGGGGGGGGGUCCUAGAACAGUGCCUGGCACGUAAUAGGCGCUCAAUAAAUACUUGUUGUUUGUUGAAUGUCUCCUCUCUUCCACUCUGGGAAACCUAGAUUUCUGCUGUUCUGGGUCACCCUGUAUUUUCUUUUGGUGUCCAUUUUCCCGUUUGUGCAGUUGAUAUUUCCCUUUGUUUUUUAAGGUGAUUCACUGAGAAGCUGGGUCUCAUUAGAUCCCAUUUAGAACAUGUGCUGAAAACAUCGCCACCAUCCUAAGCCCAUGUGGUAGCCCAGGGGAAAGGAAACCAAGCUACCUCAUAGCAGUAGAGGUACAUAUCGAGAAGGUAGGGUUUUCUAUUCUAGAGCAGUUUUAGAGAGGGAAAUCCAGGCUCUUGAAGUCCAAAUCCAGGAAUCUUCCUGCUCUCAGCUUCAGGGGAGAUGUUGACAGUAUUGUCUAUUUUUAGUCUUCUUCCAAGCUCUGUCCUGAGCUGUUUCUUUUGAGGGGUCUGUGCCACUUUGUUGAGUGGGAUCCUUCCCUCCUACAUAAACUGCUUCACGUGUUCGAUUUCUUCCUUUUCCCAGGGGAAAGAGGGACUGGCCUUGAUCCCUAAAGUCUGGAAAGGCCCCCUCCCACUCCCCACUUUUUCUUAACAAAACUCCAGCUCUACUGUGUACAUAUAGAAAAGUGUGUAUUGCCACCUAAAUCAUUUGAGUCAUUCUUCCAGAGGGGACAAGGAGACCCUCCACCUUUUGGCAACACCUCAGCUCUUCCUUCUGCUAUUCCCUUUCCCCACACACCCUUGAUUUUUGUCCUGUCCUACAUUUCAAAUUUCUACUUUGUGUUGAACUUGCUUUUUUUCAUAUUGAAAAGAUACCAUUGCCCCAAAAGCCAAAAAUAAAAAAACUGAAAAAAA